AGGAAAAAGGGUAACGAAAGUGGACCGGUAAGUUGGGUUUCUUUGGGCCUUGUUCGUAGACAUUUCGGUUCUCCCUCCAUUUUUUCCGAUUCUCACUGGAUUUCUGGUUCAUCUCUACUUGCGCAGUCAGACCGGCGGUGGUGGAAGUGACACCAGCAGCUGAAGCUGCCUACAUGUCCCCAUCAUAUGAUUAUGUCAACUAGCAUUGUCUCUGAGAACAAAAGAAGUAGAGGACGAAGAGGCCGUCAAGGAAAUAGGAAACGGCCCUGUGGAGAUGAGUCUACAUCUGGCCAGGAUCUUGGUUCAGAAAAAGCUAAUGGCGAAGUUUCAGGACUGAAGAAGAGAAAGCCCUCAAAGAAGGUUACCGAAGAUGUUAUACCACCUGAGCAGAGAGGCAUCCCUGAUACACCACUGCUUCAUAAUUUGGGAAAGCACCCUUCAAUAUAUGCAAGGCUUGGACGGGGUACUUUAACCCAAAAUCUUAAUUUUCGGGGCGCUUGGCCUACUGCACUGGGAUUGUAUCGUCAGGCACAUGACCAGUACAAGGAACUUUUUGUUGCAGCUGGAUUUGGAGAUUUUCUAAAGAUUGAUCCUGUGCACAUACCACAAGCAUAUCUUGUGGCCUUAAUGGAGAGGUGGUUUAGUGAGACGAAUACAAUUCACCUACCCUGCUGUGAAAUAGGUCCAACGCCUGUUGACUGGGCGAUGGUUACUGGCUUGCAAUUUAAAGGUGAAUCUAUUAGGUUUAAUCAUCAAUUUGAGAUGAUUAAAGCUCUGGAACUUCUUGGAGUUGAGAGUGCAGCUGUCACAGAGGGAAAGAUUCGUCUUAGUAGCAUCACACCUACCAUGGAGGAGGUAAAGAUGGCCCCUGCAAAUAAUGAAGCAAAGUCAGUGAUGUUCCGCCGCCUGUUCCUUUAUGUUGUUGCUAGUUGUUUCUUUAACAACAAUCGAUCUGUCAUUAAUCAUCAGCUUGUCAAAUAUCUGGAGCAUAUUGAUGAGGUUGGAAACUACAACUGGGCUGCAAUCACGUUUGCCGCAUUUCUUGCUGGGAUGAGGAGAAAGGUCACUGGAGAGACAGGAGCCUUUACGGGCUUCUGGCCUUUUCUCCUGUUCUGGGCUUUUGAGUACUUGGAUAUCUUUCGCCCAAAUAUUGUUGAGGCUGAUGUGUUUCCAAGAGCCAUUCGCUGGAGUUGUCCUAAUAUUCUGUCCUCUGCUGACUUCUCUGACCUCUUUGCUGCCCGUUGCCAGUUGGACUACAUUGAAGAGGCUCAGGUUACCUGGCAACCUUAUUUAGCAAGUUCAGAAUUUGGUUCAACUGACAUGGUACAGGCAGUGUCUCUUGCCCAGAAGCGGGCCCCUUUUGAGAGCAUCGACACCUGGGAAUACUAUCUUGGAGAGAGGUGUAGGCGGCAAUUAGGUUUUCCCUGUCGAGUGCCUUUCCCACCUCCAGACAGGAUGCAUGGUACCCAUGAUCUAACACCAGAGGAUGAGGUAGGUGUAGGGAGACCAGCUGAUAAUCUUGUGAUGGAUGAAAAUGUAGACUACUCCUCAUGGUUCGCUGUUCACUCAGUUGGAAAGAUUGUUGAUCUGAGUCGGUUUCUGGGUGGUGUUGAAACUGGGGCCAAAGUAUUAUCCCACUGGGUGGCUGCCCACCAUCCAGAUAUACUGCUUGUUCAGCGUUCUGACUAUGAGUCAAUGGCUGAGGCCUAUGAUGCUGCUGUUGCUGAGUGUCAAAUGCUUAGAGCAAAGCUGGCUCAGGCUGAAUGAGAUUCCUAGGCAAGAUGUUCUACUGCAGAUUGUUGGAUUGAACUGAGAAGGAAAGCCCCAACGUGGGAUGAGGUAAUCUCACGGCUUUAUGUAUGAUGCUUCAUUCUGCAUCAUUCUUCUUUAUGGGCUUAUUGGUUUCCUGCAGGCUGAUAGUAAAAAAUUCGUGCUGCUUGAACAUGGAGCAGAUGCCUGGGGGUUUGAUGGGCUACAGCCUUUCUAGACUCUUUAGAAAUUCUACUGGAGUAUAAGCACUUGAAAGUGAUUCUCGAGUAAAUGGUGUCAUCCAUCAAAGGUGGCCCUUUGGAAAUUGUUUGGCUCAUGCUCUCAGAACUUCGACAGAUGUUGAAAAUGACUCUAAUUGUGAGUUAAUUGCCUGGCAAAAAGGCAGCUAUGAAAGUUGAAUAAUGAAUGAUCCAAGACCAUGAGACUGAAUCCCUACAGUUCAGCGACGGUUGAGGGAGCCAAUUGUAAUAUCCGGCCAACCUCCAGCAGAAAAGUAACGCAGUACUCUAGUUAGUUACGUUUUUUGUGCUAUCCAAUUCAUUUUUCCUUAAUUAAAAGUCUAACCUAAAAAGCACCAUUCUUUUUUGAAAGCUGCGAGUAGGGUCCUCGUCCCUCCAAUCCACAUGUUCUUUGAAACUUUUUGUUAGCAAUUACAACUAGUGAUUGGGCCAUAGAAGUGGAAGUGCUACUUCACUAAUGAAUGAUUAUCUUAAUUAAGCA